ACACAUACACACACACACACACACAAACAAAUAACACGCACAAUACACUACAGGUGAGAUAACCUGUAGUACUCUAGCUUUAUUUGUCUCAAUCCUGGAUGAAACAGUAAAACACAUUACCAAAGAUCUUUAAUCAUUUGUGAUUCAGUACAUGUUCAGUGGUGGGAGAGACCCUCUGGAGUUGCUGCAGUGUGUCUGGGGCUGCUGUGUGUUCUCCUACUGGCUGGGAUCAUAGGCCUGUCUGUCUACUGUAAGUUUAGUAUGUUUUUACUGAGACUUAAGUAGGCUACUUAAUCAUACUUACUCAUUAAUGGUGUUUUAGUUACAUGUUUGAUAAACUGUUCCCUUUUACAGAUGGAGACAUUGGUCACCAGCUACAGUCCAGUUACAACAUCCUGACUAAAGAGAUAGACCAGCUACAGACCAGUUACAACAACCUGACUAAGGAGAGAGACCAGCUACAGACCAGUUACAACAACCUGACUAAAGAGAGAGACCAGCUACAGACCAGUUACAACAACCUGACUAAAGAGAGAGACCAGCUACAGUCCAGUUACAACAACCUGACUAAAGAGAGAGACCAGCUACAGUCCAGUUACAACAACCUGACUAAAGAUAGAGACCAGCUACAGACUGAGAGAGAUUUUCUUAGUGGGAGGUCUACCAAUCUCAAACAAACCUGUCCUGAAGGCUGGCAGAAGUUUGAAUCCAGUUGGUACUUCCUGUCUUCUGAGACUAAAACCUGGAAGGAGAGCAGAGAGGACUGUCUGGAGAGAGGAGCAGACCUGGUGAUCAUAAACAGCGAUAAGGAACAGGAGUUUCUCUUCAAACUCAAGAAGAGAGUAUGGAUUGGUCUGACUGACUCUGUUACUGAGGCGACCUGGAGAUGGGUGGACGGCACCCCACUGACCACCCCAAGGUACUGGUCUCCAAAUCAGCCUGAUAAUGGUGAUGGCAAACCAGAAUAUGGUGAGGAGGACUAUGUUCAGAUACGUAACAAUCAGAGUCCUCUGGAGGCAUGUGUCCUGUCCAUCAUCACAAAUAGCAAGUCCCAUUCCCUGGACAGGAGGACUGUGUUGAGAUAUACUCUGGACAAGAUGAACAUGUAG